AUGUGGAACUCUUUUCUCCAACAUGCGGUCACACAAGAAGGUUGGAGUAAGCUAGUCGUGCCUGCACUCCUAAAGGCUGAGAGCUUAUUUAGAGCAAUAAGAGUCGUCGAAAGAGCAAACUUCUUCAACAAUCGCUAUUCUUUCUUACAGCUAACCAUGAACAGCGUUCAGAGUCGAUUCUGUAACAAGAACAGUGAGGAUACUGCGCCUGACUCACAGCCACACUCCACUCCGUCUAUUGCUCCUAUAGGUUCUGCGGAAUCGAAACUCCCUUUAGAUAGCAAAGAAUCAUUUCUGUGUCCCGCCAAGCCAAGGAAAGAAGGCAAGGUGCCCUGGGAAAGGCUCAGACUAGUGUCAAGGUCAAGGCAAAAAGCUUAG